GAGAGAGGUCACGUGACUGCGCGAUACAUCAUCAAGUACACCACAAGCGUAUCCAAUCCGGACCUGAAGAAGGCCCGCAAAUACCUCGUCUUGUGGCAGAGAGAAGAUGGCUGCGCCGCUCCUGGGAGCCGCCUGGAUUGUGCUUUCUGCCGUGGCACCCUUCGUAUUGGGAGAUGAAGACUGCAUCGGAUACCAUGAUCCUGCAGGCUUUUGGCGUCCUAAGUUUGAUUGUAGAUUUGGUACAUUUUGCUGCGGUAACUGUGAGCACAGAUAUUGCUGUAUCGACCCUAGUAAAUUCAUCACCGAGAGGAUGCAAAAGAGCUGUCUGUUUAUAAGCCCAAAGACAAUCGCUGGAAUUGGCUUUGCUGUCGUCCUCUUCUUUGUGGUGAUUGUGACACUCAUUUGCUGCUUCAUGUGUUCUUGCUGCUACUUGUACCAGCGGCGCCACCAGCGCGGAACACCUUAUGUUGUGCAAGAAACACAGAUGUCAGGAAUUUCUCAGCAGCCUUCAUAUCCUACGCAGCCUUCAUAUCCUACGCAGCCUUCAUAUCCUACGCAGCCUUCAUAUCCUACGCAGCCUCCAUAUCCUACGCAGCCUCCAUAUCCUGCGCAGCCUCCAUACCCUAUGCAGGCUCCUUAUCCAUCACAACCACCAUACCCAGUUGACCCCAAGUUUGCUCCACCUCCACCAGGAUAUGAACCUGUACCUGUGUAUGCACCAAGUGGUCAAACAGUCCAAUACCCUGCAUAUCCUCCAGGACCUCCUAUGUACAGUUCAAAUGUUGCUCCUCCAAACAUAACUUAUCCUGGAGUAUGAUAAAACUUAACAGGAAAAUGGUUGCCACUGGUUUGUUUUAGAGUUAAAUUCAUUGAUUUCAUAUUUCUUCAUAAGGAUAUCUUGUAUUUAUUUUUUGUUGUUUUCACACCUGUAUAACCACUUUACUACCCUGUAAUGUCAAUGUAUAUCCCUCCAUUGGGAGACAAUUUGUUUUAACUUGCGUCACACUGACUGUCAUGGGUUUAUAUGUUUUACUGUUGUUAAAUAUUUUACUUCUGUUUAUGUAAUCGUACACAACUGUGAUACCUGUUGGCGCAAACAUGUCUCCAGUAAAUAUUUGCUAAAUCAUUUUUUUAUUUAGGUGUAG